AGCAGAACUCAUAAAUUUGUUUGUCCGUCAGGGUUACCUAUGUGUUCUGUGUUUGUUUGGUAUCUUAGUUUGGUACUGAGUACAAGUAGAGACUGGAAGUUUUAAUUUAAUUAUUUGCUGUACGUUUGUUUAGUUAUAUUUUCCUGUAAUAACUGCAGAAUAAAUUCAGUAAAGUAGCUAAUUUUUAUUUAGAUAAAUUUGAAGGCAAAUUGAUUUACUAAAAUAAUGCAAAACACCGACUCGGAAUCAGAAACUACUUACAGUGCCCUCAAAGAAAAUCCUCUAUAUUUGCUUUCGCUCAUUAAUAAAUAUGUGAAGCUUGAACUUAUUAAAAACGUAACUAUACAUGGUUUUGUUCAUUCUAUAGAUCCUAUCGAAUACAGCAUUAUUAUAUUAGAACAUCACAAUGAAAAGUUCCUAACAACCGUGGUUCCAGGUCAUGCAAUAAUGAAUGUAUCGGAGGUGGAUACAGGACUAAACAUAUCACCUCCAAGAAAAGUAAAAUCCACAUCUCCAACAGAAGACUGUAUUAUUGAAAAGAAGCAAAAAUUAAUAUCAUGGCUUAAACAGAACUUACUACCGGUGACUGAAUCUGAAGACAAUAUAAUAUUUGGGAACUUAGUUAUUUUACCUCCAUAUAAUAUAAGUGAUAUAUGUACUGAUAAUCCUAUAGUUGCUAUGCAAGUGAUGAAUCUUAUGAAGAAAAUGCCUGAAAACUUUCAAUGUACUUGAUUAGGUGUAAUUAUGUUAAUUUUGUAUCACUAGUUUCAUAAACUAUUUUGAUAAUUAUUUUCCUGAUAUUUUGUAGUAUAAGUGUAGAGUGUCAUAUGUUUGAUUUUGAUGAAAGAAAACUAAUACAACUUCUACUCAUUAAAAACAACAAAUGUAUAUUA